CCCACUGCAAGGGCAGAAACCUCUUCAGCUGGACGUCUGGACCAUGGACAGGGAUCAGAAUGAUGAGGACAGUGUCACGGACCUCAGCUUUGAGGCCGAGAGUCCCCUGGCGCCUCCAGCUGAACUCCUGGAGAGGCUUCCUAGCUAUGACUGCCUUUUCCAAGGAGGUGGACAACAGAUAUUCUUCCCACCUUUGGAGGCUCCACAGAGACCCCAGGAGCAAAGGUGCUGGUCUGCGUUCCUGGAACACAGAAUCCCUGUGGUGACGGAGGAGGUGGCGCGGGAAGCCCUCCUCAGCUUCGUGAAUUCCAAAUGCUGCUACGGCAGCUCGGCUGCCAGCAACUUCAUCAUCCAGGAGCUGAAGCAGCAGACCCUGUGCAGGUAUCGACUGGAGACGUUCAGCGAAUCCAGGAUAAGUGAAUGGACAUUUCAGCCCUUUACUAACCACUUAGUAGAUGGGCCACGAAGAGGGACCUCCCCCAGGCUUUGGGACUUCAAGGUCCAGGUCCCCCCGAUGUUUCAGGAAGACACCAGGAAGUUCCAGGUUCCUCACUCGUCAGUGGUCAAGGAGUGCCACAAAUGCCGCGGGCACGGGCGCUACAAGUGCAGCGGCUGCCACGGCGCCGGCAUGGUGAGGUGCCCUUCCUGCAGUGGAGCCAAGCGCAGAGCCAAGCAGCCCCGCAGGUGUCAGAUGUGCUCAGGGUCUGGCAGGCACAGGUGCAGCACGUGCUCAGGGAGGGGGAACAAGACCUGUGCCACCUGCAAGGGGGAAAAGAAACUGGUGCACUUUGUCCAGCUGGUCAUCAUGUGGAAGAACAGCCUGUUUGAGUUUGUGUCCGAGCACCGGCUGAACUGUCCCAUGGAGCUCCUAGCUAAAGCCAAAGGAGAAAACCUCUUUAAGGAUGAGAAUACGAUGGUGUAUCCCCUCAUCGACUUCCCCCUGCGGGAGAUCUCCCUGGCGUCGGAGCGGGGCAUUGCCCAGCACAGCGCUACCCUGGCCUCCAGAGCCCGUGUCCUUCAGCAGCGCCAGACCAUCGAGCUGGUCCCCCUCACAGAAGUCCGUUACUGGUACCGAGGAAAGACCAAUGUCUACUACAUCUACGGCACGGACCACAGGGUGUUCGUGGCGGACUACCCGGAGCGGUGUUGCUGCGGCUGCACCGUCCUCUGACCUGGCUCGGCAAGCCCCUCAGCCCGCCACUCACAUUCCGCAGGGAGGACCACCGAGGUCUCUGGGCUCACUCAUCACUGGCUGCGUGGGCAGUCUUUUACCGACCCUGGCGUGUCUGUCCUUCCAGAGAAUUCAUCUUAUCGUCUGUCAAGCCACAAGUCUUUCAGGAGCUCCUGUGGAGGAAUCCAUCAUGUGUUUAACCUACAAGAAUUCAACCUCACACAUUCCUUUAGGACAAAGCAUUUAAAUGGCAGGGGCAGAAAGCAAAGAUUAAUACCUCCAUUGAGCGUGUGGUUUGAUUUUGCUUUUCGCUGGGUCAGUCUCGGCUCCGGGGGUCUCUUGUAGUGGGAGCCUUUUGUGCAGCUGAGCAUCACUGAAAUGUUUAAAGACGCGCACGGAUGGGCUCCCGUAGGGCACGCCAGAUACCGCGUGAGGCACCUUUCUGUCCCGAAAUCUGACUUCCUGCUCUGUGGUCAGGAAUUCAGACCCGGCCAGGGGGAGGGUCUGUCUCCACUCCGCGAUGUCCGGGGCCUCACCUGGAGGAUGCGAAGGCUGGGAGGGCUCAAGUGUGUGGGGCUGAAAUCACACCUGAAGGCUGGUUUGCCCAGAGAUCUGGUGGUUGACGGUGGCUGUCGGCUGGGACCUCCACAAGGGCCGGGGCACCUAACGUGGCCUCUCCAGGCAGCGGGGCUUCCUCGCACACGGCAGCUGUAGGGGAGAGUGCCCCCACACAUGUCGUGACCAGAGAAACAGAGAUCUGUUUCCCGAGAUGAGAAAAGCCUGCUGUGUUGGAUGGAUGAGGGUCUGCGUGCUGAUCUCUAACAUGGUGCCUAUGCAGGGGGAGAUUUGGGAGAGUGAUUUUUAAAUAUAUGCAGGUUCUUACAUCACAUGCCAACCUGAGGACCUGCCCACCGAGUAGGACCAGUGCACCCAGUCAUGUGCGGGAGCUCCCACCUGGUGCAGCCGGGCUGGGUGGGUGCCCAGUCAGCUUUGGAAGGGGUGGUACGGGGGCCGGCUGGGUCACUGUGCACCUGGCAGUGGGUAACCAGAGGCCCCUGUCAUUUUACUAUGCCUCCCCGCGACCCUCAAGGGGAUUGCUGCACCCCGAGAGGGCCGGUCUGUACUCUCACUUAACUCCCAAGUCCUGCCUCCAGCCCUGUUUCUCCUGGGUGGGAGGACAAGACCUGGUUGGGGGAGGCCAUUCCCCAGGGCAUCGUGGGCAAAUGAUAUGCAAAUGAGCACUUGCAUUAGCACCUGCCCCUCCUACUCCUGGUAUCAGUCUUCUGUUCAGGGUGUUCGUGUUCCUACACACUGGGCGUGGGGGGCUGGCUAACAGGAGGUGCAGGGCCCAGGGUGUGUCUGGCUCCCCUGGGGCUGCAGGAAGACCAGGGAAACUUGACUGAGAAGCGAAGGGACUGGUCCCUGGAGACUCUGAGAUGCCUGAGCCCCUCAAAUGGUGUGGUUGCUGCCCCCGGCCAAUGCCACAGGCUCUGCAUGCGGGGAGACCAAGGGCAGGACAAGGUACAGCCUUGGGUUGGGGUGCCCUCUGGACCCUGGGGACAGAGACCGGUGGUGGCAGAGGACACAGGGAGGGUUGCCCAAGGCUUCCCACUUCCUCUUCCUCCUGAACUCUGUGUGCCCCAGUCUGGGGGUUCCUGCUCUGGUCAACAAGGGAGGCCACCCUCCCUUCCCUGGCGUCCACUUGGCCGGCCUCCUCAGUUCUCAAAGGGGAUGCUUCUGCCCCCGGGGGCCUUGUGCAAACGGAGGGGACAAGUUUGGAAGUGACGGGUUGGAAGUGAUGCUAUGGCAUUUGGUGGGUGGAGUCCAGGAAAGUCGACGUCCAGCAGUGCCUGGGGACGUCCUCACAAUGAAGCACCAUUCCAGGUCUCACAGGACUUGCGGCUGGAAGCCGACAUGGCUGUCGGACAUGGGCAAACCCUCUCCAGUUACUACAGAACUGACUUAUAUUCAGGGCUAGCCUCCAUCCUGCUUUCCCUCUGUGUCUUGUUUGGAAUGGCUUCUGACCCUCUCGCUUCUCCUUCAUCCAAACCUGCAGCUGCCUGGGCUGCACUGGGGUCCCUUCGUGCUGCCGUGCCUCAGUGUCCGCAGAUUGAAAUACGUGGGUAAUAAACUACUUUCUUCUCGUUUGUCCUUUA